AUGAGCACCUCUCAAGAUACAAAAUAUGACAUCUUGUCUGCUAUAACGGAAUUCUUUAAUCUAUCCAGCAAGAAUCAUCAACUCCCUCAUGAAUAUGCGCACGAUUAUCUCAUCAAGGAUUCUUACGUCAUUCAAUCGUCGCCCAACACCCUAGAAAAGACAACUCUCGGGGAUUUAUUCUCAGGCCAAAACUCACCAAAACAACAAAUCGACUGGGCUAUAGAUGAACCGCAGGAGGUAUUUGUCCACGAGAAGCUUGCUGCUGUGUGGACAGGUUGGUCUAUUCGCGCAGAUGAUGGUUCUAUUAUAAGCCACAAGAAGGGUCUUGUUGGUCUAGCAUUCACGCAAGGACGAUGGAAAGUCUCAGGUCUUGCGUCUACGGAACGAUCUAUCGAUACGCCCAACCCAAAAGAUAAAACUCAUCUUGAGCAGGAAAUCAUGAAGCCCAUCAAUGCACUCCUCGACGACUUUUCUCAUCCGGAUUGGGAUACACUUAAGGAAUGGUUCCUCCCGGAUGCAGGUGUGACUCUGUACCGUCCACCCUCUGAGCCAGCGCCCAUGACAUUGGAACAGUCCAUCCGACGUCUACAAAACAUGAUCAAGAGCGGUAUUACCAUACAGGAGAAGCUUCACCACGCGCAGGUACGAAAGCAUGGGGACUUGGCUUUAGUAUGGGCGCCUUUUGUAGUGGAAAUUAACGGACAGGCUAUGCAUCACGGAGUGAAUGCGUUUACACUGUUCAAAAAGAGUAACAAGUGGUGUUUCGGAGGAUGUCAGGACUAUGGGGUUCCUAUAAGCGGAUGA